GCUCAGUUGUGCGUUUUCUUAACAGAUGAUCAGAGCAUCGUUCGCCUGGACCGCGACUGGAACGCGUACCGCAAAGACCAACAGCCAAUCGGACCUCCGAUAAGCGAAGUGCCGACAGUUUACGUGAAUGCCAACUAUGUGAAGGCCUGCGGUUACGAUGUCCUGGGGCAGGCCGCGGUUGCGCCAAAGAAAAGCCUACCGGCGUACAUCGCCACUCAAGGUCCCCUAACGCACACGGAAGCCGAUUUCCUCUACAUGGUUCAUCAACAACACUCUCCCGCAGUCAUCAUGCUCUGCAACAACGAGGAGGGAGGUAAAGCCAAGUGUGCUCAGUACUGGCCGACCGCAGUAGACGUGCCAGAGGAGAAGAGGAGUCAAACACGAACUGUUACUGUGACCCUUUCGGAAGCGAAUUCGUCGCCCUUCAUGGUGACAAGGGUGUUGACGGUGCAACCGGAAGGAAAAUCAAUGUCUUGGACAUUCACGCAACUACACUUUCUCGGCUGGAGUGGUCACGUUUUGCCGAGCAAUGAAGAAUUCUACCAGUUCCUUCAAGCUUACAACCGCCUACGGAAUGAGAAACCUCUGUCCAAUGCCUUUGGACCUACCAUUGUUCAUUGCAGUGCUGGUGUUGGACGCACCGGAACCCUGAUCUGUGCCGACAUGCUGUUGAACCAACUGCGCAAGAAACCAUCACAAAUUGACGUGUCUGGCACUAUCCUGGCAUCUCGCGUCUUCCGCCGCAAUCUAGUCCAGACCGAGGACCUCCAUCGCGGCUGCUUCAGCCUUCUUGCCUUCCACCCGCGAUUAAGAACGGGAAUGGGAAUGGUUGUGAUGCUAGAACAGUCUCUAGACGAGUUUGCUAUCUUGCGGUUAAACCGUACGUGUCUGCAAGACUCUGUGGCUACAGUGCCGGUCUCCUGUGGGUCGCCCAGUUUCCUAAAUACUUUUACGACCGGUUCCUCGGGGAAAUAA